UAGCCACAGUGCAUAGGCCAAUGUUAAGGUGGGCGGGGUGUGCUUAAAUAAAAUCUCGGCCGGGCUAAGUCAAGCAAUGAAACAGCACAUUCACCAGCUGCGGGAGGAGAGAAACCCAGUCCAUGCGAUCUAGUAUUUCAGAUUUUGCGCGUAUACAAAAAGUUGUGACAAUUGUGUUAUAUCUCAAUUUGCAUAACUCGAAGCAUUACUGAUUGUAUGUGUUGAUUAAGCGGGAUACAUUUGCACUGGAGAAAACGGACAAGAAAUGAACAGCAGAGAUGGUGAUAAUCAGGUGCCAAAACAGACACACCGGGGACAUAGACAACCUAAGGUGCAGGGUGCUAGCAUGAAGAAGAAUCGAACUACAUCCAAUACGCCACCCAAAGAUGCCCCAGUCUCAUCCAGGUCAUCUGGGACUAUCCGACGCAUCGUGAGUAAAGGGAGGGAAAUGAAACAAGAGAAGGCGAAGCGCACAGGAAAGUGUUCUUUAUCAGUCACAGAGAGCCAAAACAAUCGAAGCACUCUGAGGAAACUAUCUGACGCCAGCAAUGUUUCAGAAGAUUUAAGCAAGGACUCGGGAUGUGCGUCAGGAAAGCUAUCAACUUCAGACAGCAGUUCAGAAAUUUCUGACAGCAUGGAAGGAUUUGCGACUGCAUCGGAAGGAAACCAACAUUCUGCGGACUCUCCGAGUAGCGAGACUGGUCGAGACAGAGAGGCCAAAAGCGAAAUGUCAAGUGUGAAUGCUCAAAACACUGUAUCAGAAAAAAGUAAGCCUAUUGGAGGCAACCCUUUUAUACGAAUAUCACAGAACAAUUCCUUCAUGCAUUCUGGUGGGGAUGGAAACCACUUUCCUGGGUGCGGAGAGUCCUCACUCGCUUCCCUCCCCUCGCAGAACUUUAGCGGAGCAUCACAGGCUUUUUCUGACCUGGCUGUGGAGCUGGUAGACGAGACACACGAAGAACUAGUCAGAGAAAACGAGGAUUUGAGAUCUGAAAAUGAAUAUUUGAAAGAUGAGAUGGAGGAGAUGCGCUGUGAGAUGCUGGAGAUGCGUGACCUGUUCCUGGAGGACGAGAUGUUCCAACUGCAGGAGCUGCGUUUGCAGCUGGAGCAGGCCAACAAGACCUGUCGCAUCCUGCAGUACCGGCUCCGUAAGGCAGAGCGCCGCAGCCUCCGAGUGGCCCAGACUGGCCAGGUGGACGGGGAACUGGUCCGCUCCCUAGAGCAUGACGUCAAGGUAGCAAAGAAUGUGUCCCUACGCCUGCACAAUGAGUUGGAGUCGGUGCAGCAGAAGAACUCCCGUUUGGAGUGGGAGAAUGAAAGGCUGCGGGAGAGGCAGCAGGAGAUGGAGGUGACAAAGCAAGUUCUGCAGGCAGAGAUUGAGAAAGCCAGAGAGAGUUCUCUGAAGAGGAAAAAUGUCAGGUCACAAACCAGUAAGGUUGAGAGGAAGCUGCCUCGCCAGGAUGACAGUGCUGAUCUGAAGUGCCAGCUCCAUUUCGCGAAGGAGGAAUCAGCUCUCAUGUGUAAGAAGCUGACCAAGAUUAUAUCAGAAAGCGAAAGCAUGCGUGAAGAGCUGGCAAAAUACCGCUCUGCCUAUGGAGAUGUAGAUGCCGCUCAGUUUCCUGAGGGCACUGCCAAGUCCUCACAUACCAGGGAAGCAGAGGUCAAGGUUCACCUGCGGCUGGUGGAGGAGGAAGCAACGCUGCUUAGUCGUCGCAUAGUAGAGCUGGAGGUAGAGAACCGUGGCCUCCGCGCUGAGAUGACUGACAUGAGGAGUGACAUGAGGAGUGACAUGAGGAGUGAGAUGAGGAACAGUGAAACGGUAGGAGAGGAGGAAGAAGAGUCACUGCAGGAGGUGCCAGUAAAAGGAGAUCUACCAGCGUCCCAUGUUGGGGAUGUAGAGAAAGGUGAAAGGGGUGUGACAAUGGAAUGCACUCAAACUACAGAGGGGGCGAGUGAGGGACAGAGGAGAGGCGUAACUGACCGGCCCCAGGUGGAGGCGAUGAAAAUACACUGCAACGACCUAUCCCCGUCUGAGAGGCAGGGACCCCUCAGACAGACACCUGGAGACGGGCCUGUAGCUGGGGAACCAGAACCCCACAGCAUCCAGCAGAGUGAUACACGAAGAAUCAGUGCUGCCAGUGGACUGAACAUGAAAGAACAUGAAUCCCUCCUUGCCAUUCGAGAUCACGCCUGCCUUGUGACCUCCGCUAUCCAGCUUCUUACGUCACCAGCAAACACGGGCCACAGCUCCCCGGCCUCAUCCACCCAGCUUCCCCGUGUGAAGUCCUACCCGCAGGGUAAAGCCCAGUCUCUGCCCCUGGAUACACUGAUGCAGGGCCACCUGUCUGAGGCCCUGGAGCUUCUAAGGGCCAUGCUGCUGGCUUUAAUUGACAGGGUGGAAAGCCUGGUGACAGCAGGAAGGGAGCCGAGGGUUGAAGGGGGUCCCACAGCCAUCCCGUCCCCGGUUUAUAGGGACACACAGGCCAACACAGAGGCCUCAGCCAGGCAGGAAACCGCCAGAGGCCUGCAAACGGCAGCGAAGGAACGACUGGGAUGGUCCGACCGCCUCGGCAGCUGCAGCGACCCAAUGAUGCAGCUCACGCUGAAGGUGCUCUGGGUCCUUCACCAGGGCUGUCUGAGGAAGACACCAGGCCUGGAGGGCGAGGAGAGCAGAGAUCCUGUGACAGUAGCUAUGCUACACGGAUUGUUGCAGUAUCUGGGCUCAGUGCUGCGGGACUCAGAGGACUGUAUGGGAGGACAAGGUGCCACAGGCUCAUGGACAUCAGACUUGAAGGUCUUAAUCAGCAAGAUUGAUGGCGUAGCGGAUAAGAGUGGUGUAGAGAGCUGUCCGGAGCAGCAUAGCAGCCCCAGGGAGUCACAGAAGGAAGCUCCUGGGACAGGAAAUAAAAGCAUACCAGACCGCACUACAUUAAGGUCCAAGACGAAGAACUGGUGUUACCUAAACAAAGAGGCUGCUCAACUGGACCAAGAUGAUCCCUUUAAGACGUGGGACCACCCCAUCAUGCCUCUCAGCUUCCCUAAUCUGGAUUUAGACCAGUUGUCCCUGGAAAGGAGCCACACUGCUCCUGAAAAGACUGUCCUCCGCGUCUACUGCAGUCCCCCGUCCGCGCGGCGGCUCCAUCUGGCUCAUCUGAGGCACGGCACCAACGCAGACAGGAGUCCUACAGCCGGUGUAAUCUCCGCCGGGCUUAAUACAUCCCGGAGCUCUCUCACUCCACUAUGUCUGAGGCUCUCCGCUAACUUGAGCGACGAUAUGAAGGAGAUGACGGCUAGCUUACGUCAGGCGGUUCACUCCAGUUCGCCAGGGAGGAGGAAGGGCAGGGGGGCUGUGAGCAGGGGGUGGACGGUCAACGUGGCCCACUCGGGGACUCAGACUCGGCUGUACCCGCAGAUGGUUAGUGUGGGCCUACAGACGGACGGGCCCAACUGCGUAAGUGCAGUGAGAGUCUCCCCUCUGCGUCUUUCUGCCCGCGCUCAGCAGAUCUCGACCUCCCUGGACAGGCUGCCAGGUCGGACAGACAGGCCCAAGUCAGGAUCCACGUCCCCAAAGCUGUACCGCCGGCACUCUGCGUCCGCUUCGCCCUCUUCCAUCUCCCCCUCCUCCUCUCUCUCCUCCUCCGCGUCUGGUAUCACCACAACCGUCUCCAACGCCACUAGCUUAAACUCCUUAACGGCGUCCUCUGCCACGGCCAGUAGGGAGCGUGUUCUGUGGGGCCUGUCCCAUCGGGGUCCGUCUAGGUCACCCUGGGCCCAGCCUACACAUCCCAGAGCUGGCCCAGGCCUUAUUCACCACAGCGCAAUGAACAGUGAAUUGGGUGGUGGAGGAAACAACACUAAACCCACCAGCAAACCUUCUGGUGCCAACCGCUACGGCCUAGUUACUGAGUUCCUGCGCAAAAUGAGUGGUCGGGCAGACAAGCCGAAAACAGCCGUGGGGCAGAAGGGGAAGUGCAUUGCGACUAAUAAAACCCAGGAGAGAGUGCCGUCAAACCCCCCCGCUGCCCCCACAUACAGGAACGACAGUGUCACCAGGAUUGUGAACCAGAGGUUCAUGAAGCAGAGGGAAGAAGCAGUGAACGGCCCCAAGGAGGACAACUACCCCAGUCAGGCUCAGGGCUUGAACCAGGCUGUCAGGGGAGACCUGAGCCUGGAGAGUGACGUCACAUUGGAGGAUGGGAAUUACGACUGCAGCAGUUCAAGGUCCUUGUCCUUCUGCUUUGCCCGAUCCUCUCGCUCCUCCCAACAAAACAGCUUGACCCCGACCAAGCUACAGCGACAUAGAUACCUCUCAGCUGUAAAUGGUGGUGGGUCAGGAGAGCCCAACUCCCAACUGUGAGUUUGGGGGUGGAGGCAGUCAUGUGACACCACUAGACAGCUGAUGAAGAUUACCACGGACACGGAGAAUCAAGGCCUGUGUUUUGAAACUAUGCAUUAAGUCGCCAGGAAGGAUGGAUACAGGAAAGUAGUCAAGGAGUCAUUACAGUUACUUGAGCAGAUGCAUUUUUGGCCAGUCAGUCUGUAGGAUGUCCUUGUUCAAAAUAGAUGCACGUUACAAAAUGUUCAGCCCAUUAUACUUUUCAACUUUACGACGUUAUAUAGACUAAAUAAAUAUAUUGGCAUAUUUUUAAAAAAGUGUAGUAUUCAAUGCUGCACUGUAAUUGCUAUUAUCCAUGAGCACCUACUCCUCAAUAGGGGUGCUGUGGAGGGCCAAAAGCUUGGCCCCCUCAGUGAGGCGCGCUCACAAAGUUUCUCUGUGUGCGCACAUCACUGAAGAUCAGAAACGGUCCAGCCGCAUCAACAAAUGGAGAAGCUGGUUCCUCUUCGGCCUCAGGCCACUAGGGAAAUGUUCCACGUUCCUGAGAACUCUCAGACAUUUCUACAGAACCGUACCAUCAGGCCGUAUCUCCCUGGAGGAUGGUGAUGUCAGCCCAACAAGUCAUCGGAGGCACACCGCUGGUCCCUCCGGUGGGGUCACGUGCAGGGUUAGUUCAGCCUCCCCUGGGGGUGACGCAGCCAACGCGGGAGGCAGGACAAAGAGUUAUGAUAUGGAUGUAGUAGAGGAACGCUUUAACUGGAGGACAGUAUAGGGCACAGAGCGGAAGGGUGUCAAGACCAGGCUGCUGCAGAUUUGUGGAUACAGUGCAGGGGUUUGAUGUUAUCUUCAGGGGUUUGAUGUUAUCUUCAGGGGUUUGGUGGUAUAUUCAGGGGUUUGGUGGUAUAUUCCGGGGACACACACACCCCGGGUCCUUUAUGCGCGCUGACCUGACACUGGUUCUGAACACUAGUUCUGAACACAGGACAUUUUUGUAUUUUCCACAGUGCUACUUGCACUGGCCCCAUUUGGUUAAUCCAUUUGAUUUGUUUUUGCAUAAGGUUUUAUUGUACCCGUGUGGACUUUUUAUAUGUGGACACAGUUUUACAUGUUACAGGAUUUGAUCUACCACAUUGUUUAGGCCUUCAAACACACUUUGCUGCACCCAUGUCAACAUCUGCUGUAAGGUGUAUGUUACCAAUUAAACGUUGCCCUGUACAUACUGUUAAUGUAUUAGAGCUGUGUUGCCAUCUGUCAUCACUCUGGUUUUGGUGAGCCUAUAUGACUAGUGUCUCAAAGUCAUGACCUGGCCCUAGGAGCAAAGUCAACAGGUAGUGGGAGGUUUUACCUAAACAUGCCUUGAGGGCAGAAAUACAUGUGAAUGGUUGAAAAAUAGAGGGCACAGCCUUCAGGGCAGAUCUGCAUUCAAGACGUGUGGGUAAGUACAAAUUCCACGUGACAAUUUAACUUGAGACCAACCUCAGCCACAGACACAUGGUUCUCAGAAGGGGUGAGGCCACUUGUUAAUUCUGUCACAGGCAAACAAUUGAAGGGGAAAUAACACUAAGCAGCUAAUGAGAUCACAGGUCCUUAUGCAGUCAGGGAAGCCUCGCCGUUCAUCCCUACCUGCCUAACUGACUUUCACCUCUCCUGGUAAAACCAUUGUUGACAUCAGACCUGCCAACGGACUGCUUAAAGAGUUCUUACAGAGAUCACCCAAUGCCCCAUGACUAAACAGCAGACCUUUACCAUGGACACAACACGAAUAAUACAUUUGAAAUAAAAAAGACUUUAAUGAGACAGAAUGUUGAAUACUUUAUAUUCAAACAUUCUUUACUGGUUGUCUAUGCGGUGUUUGGCUCCUAGGAAAUGGAAAUUGAACAUAGUAGCUACUCGACUUUUGGAGCACUGGUGUGUCUGUCUGAAUGCAUUUCUGGCCUUUAUUUUCAAACUCCUGAUGUAAUGAAAGCGGUGCUCAUGUCUUCCCGCUAAUAAAUGUUCAGUCUGUG